AUGAUGGUGGCAGCUGCUCUGGUCUUCUUCAUGAUCCCCGGGCUCUGUCUGCACUUCUCUGGUGUCUCGAAGCGAGACUUUACGCUCACAUUAGUGCGUCUGCCUCUGAUCACUACCGGUGUCGUGGGAUGUGUGUGGUAUAUGUGGGGAUAUACGCUUGCUUUCUCUCCAGCGAUAUACAACGCAUCCGCGCUGCACGGCGUCUCCUGGUAUGGCGGCGAUACCAAAGCAAAUGCCUAUAUCGAUGUCGCCGCUCGACCAGUCGGCAUACAAGGUCCUAACUCAUCAGUUCUGACCGGCCCCAAAAUUCCAGAAAUGGUCUAUGUCUUCUACCAAGGCAUGUUCGCAUGUUUCACGGCAAGCCUGGUCUCUGGCGGAGCGGCAGGCAAAAGUCGUGUGGGAAGGUACCUCGUUUUCAUUACCUUAUGGACAACUCUUGUUUAUUGUCCGGUUGCCAGGUGGACGUGGCACCCUCUGGGCUGGUCCAGACUCAGGGGAGCAAUGGACUUUGCCGGUGGUACUGCUGUGCAUGUCUGCUCCGGAUCUUCAGUCGCGGCUCUCGCCGUUAUCUCACAACUAGAUGCUGCGAAUUGGCGCAUCAAGGUCGUCCUUCGAAAACGGACCGUGAACUUCAAACUCAAGACCUGGAAGGCCUGGAGAUGGGUGUCUGUGGAAAAGCACACGACUCAUAACCAUGUCGAACUCCGAACAAAUUCUCCAGAAGCACCAUACGCUGCCAACGGAUACGCUGCCCACGGACACACUCAAGCUCCAGGACCGGAAAAUCCCACAGAAAGGCAUCAACGCGAUGGGUCGACUUUGCCCUACAGCAUCAACCACAUGGUAUUGGGCACUGCCUUGCUUUGGGUUGGAUGGUUUGGCUUCAACGGCGGUUCAGCCCUUGGGGCGAAUCUUCGCGCUGUGUCGGCUUGCCUGGCAACGCAGUCUGCGGCAUGUGCUGGAGGCACAAUAGGAUUACUGGUUCAAUGGGGCCUGGGCCGCUAUGACAAGAAGAGGGUGGCCGAACCCGACCUCACACCGUCAAUACAGGAGUUCUGUGAUGGUGUAAUUGCUGGCCUGGUGGCCAUUACACCCGCCGCCGGAUACGUUCCUGUCAAAUAUGCCCCCGUCUUUGGCGUCGUCGGCGCCAUCUUGUGCAAGAUGUUGCGGAUGCUCAUGUAUUAUCUUUUGCCGGCAGACAGACGGGCUAUCUUCGCCGUCCACGCUGGUGGGGGAGCCACAGGCAUGUUACUUACUGCCUUUUUUGCAAACAACGCAACUACUGGUCUCGACGGGUACUCAAGACUGGUUGACAAAACAAUGGGUGCUCGAUUCCGAGACCAAGCGCUCGAUAUAUCUGCAUGUCUCUUUUAUUCUUUUACCAUGACCUUCACGAUCCGGAUGGCCAUGAAGCUGGUAGAGGUCUGGUGCGGCGUUGUCACUCCUCCAUAUAACGACCAGUUUGACCAUUACCCGGACAAGCAUGAAGCCCGCCCUCAAUUCAAGCGAAGAAAUUCGCAGGAAGAGGCGUGA